AUGGCAACUUCAUUUGACCGCCGGCGUGCAAAUGGCCCAGAAAACACAUAUCCACUGUUGCAUAACAUACGUGUUUCAAAAAUGUCGACGGGCACUGAGCCUGUUUGGAAUGUAGACCCGCACCAUGCCCUCCAGAACCCGAAGUCAACGUGCAGUGAUAACCUCGUCUUGCACACAAUGAAGAUCGAUAACGAGAACUUGAACAUUACUCGGUUGGCGCAAAAGAAUGUAUGCAUGAGGCCUGAUGGUCGUGAAACGAUGGAUUCGCGCUCCCUGUAUCUGCAAACAGGGCUGAUUCCUAGUGCUAGUGGCAGUGCUCUCAUUGAAGCUGGAAAUACUAAAAUCGUUUGUGCAGUACACGGUCCCCGUCAAGUGCGUGGGCGGCAAUAUGCUGGUAAGGCAGAAUUAAACGUACAGUUCGAGAUGGCACCUUUUUGUGAAAGAAACCGGCGUGCGAGCAAGGACUCGGAAGUAGCGAGUGCUGCGGCUUUCGUGCAUCAAGCUCUUUUCCCUUCAAUCCGUAUCGAUCUACUUCCCAAGUCUUCCAUCGAUGUACAUAUUAUGGUUCUUGAUGCCGACACCUCGAUAUUAGGCUGUUGUGCUUUAGCCACAAUGGCUGCUAGUGCGGCCGUGGCACAGGCCGGUGUGCAAAUGUACGGACUGGUUGUCGGUACAGCAGCUUCCGCCACGCCUUCUCUACCUACAGACGACCACCCGACUCAGCAGCAGUGGCUUGUUGAACCCACAAAGAGCGAAAGUGCUAAUGCGAGUACAGAGCUGUUGCUCUGCGGCAUGCCUUCUCUCAAUGCCACGACGUGCUAUGUUCUGCAGGGUCCAGUGCACAGCAUGGACGCUGUGAAAGAAGUUUCCCACACGCUUAUGCAAGUGAUAACGAAGCAUCACGCUUCCAUGGCCCAGUCCCUUUUCAAUGAGCAUACGUAA